AUUAUUUUAAUUAAAUUGAAAUCUUCUAUCAAUUAAUAAAUAAAUUAUCAUUUUUCAGAUUUAUAUUUCUCUUAUAGUUUAUAAAAUGUUUAGAAAACCGACGCAAAGAUGGAAUAUGGAUGUACCCAGCAACUCCUUUCAGCAUCGCAAUUCCGUCCUCAACUUUACGAGGAAAGGUUCGAUGAGAUUGCACGGAUUCCAACAGAAAAGAGCUUUAAAACGCGGAGGACUGAAAAGUAUCGAGAUGUUGUACCUAAAAUUCGCAGGCCAAGGAGAUGUGCAGAUGGUUGAAAAAUUGUUCAAAAAAUACUCAGAAGAACAGCUGAACAGAAAUUGUACCGACUUUUUCGAUCGAACGGCUCUUGUUCUUGCAAUCACAAACCGACACGAAGAUAUGAUAAAAUGCUUGCUAAGCAAUGGAGUUGAUCUUACGGAGUCACUGUUUUACGCCAUAGAAAAUGAGUUUACGGAGGCGGUGGAAUACAUACUAAACAGUGACACUGCCAAACAGACAAGACAUGUUGAAAUGUUGGUGACAAGCGAAGAAUCAAUCUUCCCACGCUUCCUGAGUCCUAUCAUGCUGGCGGCCCACAAGAAUAACUAUGAUAUAUUGGAGAUUCUGUACAACCACGGACAUCGUCUUCGUGAUUUGUCGGCGAGUGCAAGUAACAAAUGGGAUGAGAUCCGACUAAGGUGGCUGUACUAUAAAGCGCGGGCGAGUCAAGCUUACAUGAUAAUAAUGUACAAUAAAGAAAAAGUCGAUCCACUGAACGAAGCUAUCGAGUUUUACGGAACACUAAAAAGAGAAGGAUUAAAAGCGAGGGAGGUACGGGAAAGCUAUAGGGAACUUGCGCAACAAUGCGAAGAAUUUGCCAUGGCAUUAUUAGACCAGAUACGAACUGCUCAAGAGUUGGCAGAUCUUCUUCGAUUCACGUUGGUUGGUCGGGAACAUGGAAAUACCAAUCAACUCGCUUUUAGUACCUUACCUAUGUUGAUUGCCCCUAACCCAACUUCUGAAGAAACACUUGAAAUACAUGCGAUUUUUGGCAGUAGAGACACAGUAAGUGAUUUACCCAGCGAAUCAAAUUGGCCAAGUCCAUCUCAUCAAUCUCCAUCAAUAAGAAUAAAUGAUAACAAUAUGUUGAAUCGCCAGGCGGAAAGAAUAAAAAGUAGACCAGCUGAGUUAUCACCAGAUGCAGCCGAUGUGAUUCGUAGUAUUACAAAUACGGCAUUGACGACCGCCCCCAAGUCAGAACGUCAUAUGCUUCCUGCUGUAGAUAAUCUGGCAAAUAACGAGCCCGACCAGAGAAGAAUAUCUCAGGUUAUGGAUUAUGUUCCAGAAGAAAGACAUAGAACGUUAGGAAUACGUAGACCGAUUUCGGCAUCUCUCAACGUGGAAUAUGCAAGACCAAUUCACUUUUUGAAGCCGAUAGAAAAAGCUGUUGACAACGGUAUGGUGCGUCUCGUAACUUGCGAAAACUCGCAGCUUGCCUUGACUUAUCUCAAGGAUGGUAUUUUAUUUCGAGAUGCGACACCAAAAAAAUGUCUUCUUCAGAAAUGUUUAGUUGGAAUCAUGUUUCCUAUAAUCAGCAUAGCAUUCUACUUCUUUCCAAACACUAGAUUGGGUUUGGUUGCCAGGAAUCCGACCGCCAAAUUAUGGAUGGAGGUUGCUUCUGAUAUUUAUCUCAUAAUUCUUCUCAUCAUUAAUUUGAUAUUAUCACAAGUUCGUGUUAUAAAAGUUGACGAUUUUUCACCAAUUCUUAUCAUUGCUUACUUUUGGAUGCCGGGGAAAUUCAUAAACCUCAUGUUUCUCACUUAUCAUCAAGGGAAAAGGGUUUUAUUUUCAAUUUGGAAUUGGAACGAUUUUGCAACUAUAUCACUUUAUACUGUAUUUAUGAUUUUACGGAUAUAUGGAUACACCAUAUCAGAUUCCACUGACAUUUCAAAGAUGCAAUGGGACCCUAUACCACUGUCCGACAUGAUGAUCAGCGCAGUAUAUAUUCUUGUGUUUCUCCGACCUCUGGAAAUACUUCGAGUGAACCGAACAUUUGGCCCAUUACAGGUAUCUGUUGACCGGAUGAUCGGAGACGUUUCCAAGUUUUUUCUCUUGUUCUUGGUUAUUUGGUUUGCGUUUUCAAGUGGGAUCAACACCCUCUACUGGAGGUACAGCGGUCAGUCAGACGGAUUUCACAAUUGCACUAUGGACAAAAAGAACAAGAGCAGCAAAGAAGACAUACAUUGCUGUUUUUCGGAGGAAGGCACUCAGAAAUUCACCACUAUCGUCAGUUCUUUGCAAGUUUGCUUCUGGUCAAUAUUUGGAUACAGCGAUGAUUACAACAGGUGGUUCAAUUUAACGUGCGCAGAUGAAUCAGCAAAAAAAGAAAUUACUGCAGUAUUUGGAGAAACUGUUUUUGCUUUAUAUCAUAUCGGAACCGUUCUUAUCCUGGUUAAUAUGUUGAUCGCCAUUAUGAGUGGAACGCUGCAGAAAACGAUAGACGAUAGCGAUAUUCAAUGGCAGUUUCAUCGCACGAGGGUAUGGAUUCGUUUCAUUAGGACAGGAUUCUACCGACCUCCACCGAUGAACUUGAUUCCAAGACCGAAGGAGUUUGUCUAUCUCGGCUCGUUCAUAAUAAAAGGCUUCCGAAAGCUGUGUAGGUGUAUUCUGUGCAGAAGUGCAGAAGAUGUUAGCAGACAUCCUGAACGGGCAUAUCAAGCGAAUAUACCAAUGAAUCAAUACGGAAGACGAAACGACGCUAAGGCGCAUCACAAAGCAGGAAUGAUACAGAAAAAUGGCAGUCCAGAGUCUCAUACAAGUGGAGAAGGAUACAAAGAGCAUUGGUCACCUGGUAGUGCAGCGACAGAAGAAAAGUAUUCUCGCUAUGACGUCACCCUUAGAAAAUGCGUCAGAAGAUACCUGAAAGCGAAUGGAGUUCAUCCAGAUGAUCAACAAACAGCAAAUAUAUGAGACGGUACAACCAUUCUAUUUGCGCCUAUUUCCACUAAUCAUGUACUUUUGAAGGUCAUGAUGAUGAGACUGAAUACACAUCACGGUGGGAGUCGGGACAUGUUGACACCACAGCUUUCAACAAAGGAGUAAAGCAAAUUUGCGAGACGAAGCGUUUGACCGCCCGUCACGUACAAGCACUAAAAGAAAAGUAACGGGCAAAAAUAUAAAUUUCGAACGAAAAGAGUAUAUAAAUAUAUUGGCUCAAAUCUUAGUCCUAAUUCCAAAAUGGAAUUUAUUCUCACUGGACAGCUUAUUUACUAUAGUAGGAAUUCCAUGUUUUCCUAUUAUCAGAUUUCCAAUGUAUAAUAAUAUUUUUGUAUUUCGUUAGCAUUUGUAAAAAUGAACUUAUCUGUAAUUGAUUUCUAUCUUUGUUGCACUGUUUUUUUUCACUUCUUGUCAUAUAAAUGAGUGGAGUAUAUUUAUAAAUAAAUUGGGUUUAUUAAUUUUUGGGGUACUCCCGAAGUAUGUGAACCAAGAUGGCGGACACCGGAACGUAGUAUGUGUACCAGGCCAUUUUUUAUUCCAAUUUUCCUUAUUUUA